AUGCAAGGGGAAAAUGUUGACCAUGCGCAGCCAAUCUCCACGUGGAGUGCGGAACAAGAGCUGCACCUGGUCGUUUUCACCAAGCCUCCGAUAGCGGGCCUGACGAAACAGCGUUUGAGUCGGGAGAUAGGUUCGACACUUGCGACGCGCAUCAGUGCCGCUCUGGUAGAAAACACCCUUGCGACGGCGUAUGACUGGUUGCAGGGCCUUGAUCUGCAAGCUGGAGGAACAGGCGCCGUCCACCUAUACUAUACCCCAGUGGAGAGCGAGCAGGCGAAGGCGGAGUGCGUAGAACGCUGGCUCGACGACUCGGUUCGUCAUCGUUACCCGGCGUUUCGGAUCGCACCACAGAAAGCCUCUAAAGUGCAGAGCACUGGUGAUCAAAAGCAGGAUCCGCUAGGCUCUCGACUCAUCCAAGCGUUUACGGAGGUGACAAGCCUGGUAGACGAAUCGAGGGAUGCGCACGUUGUGGUCAUCGGAAGCGACUGCCCGGCGCUUGAUACCGCGGUGCUACAGCAGGCAUUCGCUGCGCUCCAUGCCGGUCAUGGAGCGGUGAUUGGACCAGCGCAGGACGGCGGUUAUUAUUUGCUCGGUUUAGCAUUUGCGGCAGCAGAACGAACCCGUUGGGCGAGAGUCAUCUACGCUGCGUUCGGCCCACACCUCGUAUUCAGUCAGAAUGAUGUAUGCGCGCGCACCGUCGAAGCUCUGCGCAAUGAUGGCGUCAGGACGAUAUGUUUACCGGUAACGCUCAACGACGUGGACACAGCGCAGGAUCUGGUGCACUUGCCGGCAUCAAUGCGACCGCGAGAAUGGUUUUCGAGCGCAAACGCGAGGCUGCACAAGACAAGUGAUUUGGUGGAGACAGCACCGGCGCCCGGCUCGACAACAUGCGAUGAGGAAGUGGAUGCGGACAAGUUGGACCCGUCGGUACAGAACGUUUGCAGUAGACAAGUGUAG